AGUCGGGAGACCCCCCGAUCAACAUGGAGAAGGGAAUACAUCAACCGCAUGCAAGACGCCAUCACAUAAUGUGCAGAAUGGGAUGGAGGGUGAACCGGUUGGUCAAAAUAAGGAGGCAAAUGUAUUUCGACGAGAUUUUACGGAAGGCCCAACUGCUUUGAAUACAGAAAAUGGUUUAAUAAUAGGGAGUUCCUCUGAAUGGACAAGUCAAGUGAAAGAUCAAUCAACUUUGUCCACUCCUUAUCCAAAUCACGAUGCUCUUGUAUUACCACAGCUUCAUAUAACAUCGAUGCUAAGUGAGAACAGGGGGGGUUCAAUAGAUUGGAGGAAUUCUUUAGCUUCACAAGCAGAGCCCUUUUCAGACAGACAUAUCUCUGGAUCUAGUAAUUUGACAUUUCCUACAUGUUAUGUCUGGAGACCCCCUGAUCUACUGGAAGGUCAAACAACGCAGUUCAGUGCCCCUCCAAAUCCAAAUGCUCUUGUGUUUCCACCGUUUCAGAUUGCAUCGACCCAGGUGCUAAGUGAGAACGAUGAUAGGAGAAAUUCGUUAGCUUCACAAGUAGAGGCCUUUUUGAUGGGACAUGUCUCUGAUUCUAGUAAUUUGGCGUUUCCUGCAUAUUCUGAUGCAGCAGCUCCUAGCCAACCUGUGGCUACUAUUCUCCAGACAAUGCCUAUGACUACCCACAUGAUACCUCAAAUGGGGGGUUUCUCUGGAAUUUUUCAACUGGAAGGUCAAUUAACGCAGUCUACUUCUCAUCCAAAUCCCAAUGUUGUGCCUCGAGAGCCUCAGAUAGCAUCAACACAGAUGCUAAGUGAGAACAUGGGGAGUUUCGAAAACUGGGAAGAGUUUUUAAGUUUAGAGGAAGAGACUUCUAUGGGGGGACAUGUCUCUGGAUCUGUUAACUUGACAGGGACUACAUGUUGUGAUCCAAGUCCGAGCCAACAACCUGUGCUGACAAAUCGUGACAUGAUGCCUACUACUCACGUGAUGUCUCAUCUCGUAGCAAGGGAAGAUAUGAGGUCUGUUACAGUAAAGGUAAGUUACGGGGAUAGAACAAUAAAAUUUCUGGUCCCUCUCUCGUCUAGAAUAAUUGAAGUGAAGGAAGAAGUGAAAAAGAGACUGAAGUUAGAGCCUAGUAAUUUCGACUUCGAGUACAAAGAUGAGGACGACGGUGACCGGAUUUUCUUAGGCUGCGAUGAGGACUUGACGAACCAUCUGCAACUAUUCAGCAAUCGAGUAAUCAGGCUAUUGGUUGUUGAUAGUGAUGCCAGUACCAAGAAUAUAUGUGAAAGUUGUGGAUCAUUGAAGCGGAGAAGACAAUAGGUAGGUCUGGUUUCAGAAAUGAAAUUUCAUGGUUGUCACCAGUUGGUCCAGUUCCAUGCUCUUUGUGUGCUAGGUUUUCCUUUAAACCUGCUUAAUCAGAAACAGUAAUAUUAAUUACGACGUAGUGGGGUUGUAGAGUUUGAAAAUUCUUUGUUUCUUUGGAAUGAGUGGGAAAGUGUCUCGACAUACACAUGAUAAUCUAAUAGGUGAUAAAGAUCGCACCUUGAUAGAAAUGUUACCACACCAAUUUUCCCCGUCAUAGGAAUGGAGCCAUGGCAUUUAGCGUAUGACAAGUUUACGUAAAUUGCCAAAUGGAUCUUUUCCGUCCUUGAAAUGAUGAAACUUCUCUUCUUCCCGAUCAA